AACCUGUACGGCCUCAAGAGACCGAAAGCUCUGAAGCUUCUUGGAAUGGAGGACGACGAGCCGCGUGCAAAGGGGAAAGGAAAGAAGAAGAAUAAGAAGGAAGAGGAAGUAGACAUUGACGUGGACGACCCCGAGGUUAGCCGCUUCCAGUACCCAUUCCACGAGCUGAUGGUGUGGGCCGUGCUCAUGAAGCGCCAGAAGAUGGCGCUGUUCCUGUGGCAGCGCGGCGAGGAGGCCAUGGCCAAGGCCCUGGUGGCCUGUAAGCUCUACAAGGCCAUGGCCCACGAGUCCUCGCAGAGCGAGCUGGUAGAGGACAUCUUCCAGGACCUGGAGAACAACUCCAAGGAGUUUGGUGCGCUGGCCUACGAGCUCUUGGAUCAGUCGUACAAACACGACGAGCAGGUGGCCAUGAAGCUGCUGACGUACGAACUGAAGAACUGGAGUAACUCCACGUGUCUGAAGCUGGCGGUCGCAGCCAAACACCGAGACUUCAUCGCUCACACCUGCAGCCAGAUGUUGCUCACCGACAUGUGGAUGGGCUGUCUGAGGAUGGGCAAGAGCAACAGUCUCAAGGUAAUUUUAGGGAUCGUCUUCCCUCCUUCCAUUCUCCUCAUGGACUUCCGUGUCGGAGACGAAGCAUCGUACCAUUCGUCCAAACAGAAUGAAGACGGCAAACCCAAAGAUGAUGACAACAAAUCCAGCAAGGACGGCGCCUCCACCUUGGACGCCACGUCAAAGAAAGGAGAUGAAGAAGAAGAGCAGAAGAAGAAGAGGAAGACUCCCAUUGGGAAGAAGAUCUACGAGUUCUACAACGCUCCCUUCACCAAGUUCUGGUUCAACACGAUCUCCUACCUGGUGUACCUUGCCUUGUAUAAUUACAUCAUUCUGGUGAAGAUGGAGCGAUGGCCAUCUCUGCAGGAGUGGAUCGUCAUCUCUUACAUCAUCACUCUGGGUCUGGAGAAAGUCCGACAGAUUCUGAUGUCGGAGCCGGGGAAACUGAAGCAGAAGAUCAACGUGUGGCUGGAGGAUUACUGGAACAUCACAGACCUGGCGGCCAUCUCCGUCUUCCUGCUGGGUCUGCUGCUGCGCCUGCAGAGCGAGCCGUCGCUCGGCUACGGACGCGUCAUCUACUGCGUCGACAUCAUCUUCUGGUACAUCCGCGUGCUCGACAUCUUCGGAGUCAACAAGUACCUGGGUCCCUACGUCAUGAUGAUCGGCAAGAUGAUGGUCGACAUGCUGUACUUCGUGGUCAUCAUGCUGGUGGUGCUGAUGAGUUUCGGCGUGGCGCGGCAGGCCAUCCUUCACCCUGAUGAGGAGCCAACCUGGCGGCUGGCCAGAAACAUCUUCUACAUGCCGUACUGGAUGAUCUACGGAGAGGUGUUCGCCGACUCCAUAGACCUUUACGCGAUGGAAAUCAAUCCUCCGUGUGGAGACAACAUGUACGAUGAGGAUGGGAAGAAGCUUCCUCCGUGUAUCCCCGGUGCCUGGCUCACGCCCGCCAUCAUGGCGUGCUACCUGCUGGUCGCCAACAUCCUGCUGGUCAACCUGCUCAUCGCUGUCUUCAACAACACGUUCUUCGAGGUGAAGUCCAUCUCCAACCAGGUGUGGAAGUUCCAGCGCUAUCAGCUGAUCAUGACGUUCCACGACCGUCCCAUCCUGCCGCCACCGCUCAUUGUCUUCCCGCACAUCUUCAUCGUGCUGCGAAGAAUCUGCUGCCGCUGCCGCAGACGCCGGACGGACGGAGACGGCCACGACCACGAGAGGCGCCUACAGCUGGUUCUGAGCGCCGAGGAGCUCAAGAGUCUUCAUGAGUUCGAGGAGCAGUGUGUCGAGGAAUAUUUCAGAGAGAAAGAAGACGAGAAACAAUCGUCCAACAACGAGAGAAUCAGAGUCACAUCUGAGAGGGUGGAGAACAUGUUCAUGCGUCUGGAGGAAGUGAACGAGCGUGAGCACUCGAUGAAGGCGUCUCUGCAGACGGUGGAUCUGCGUCUGGCUCAGUUGGAGGAUCUCUCCGGCAGGAUGGCGACAGCUCUUGAGAAACUGGCCGGCCUGGACCGCGCCGAGCUGGUCCGGUCCAGAGGCUCGUCGGUGUGCGAGCCGGCCGCUCUGCUGCGGCAUGGCAGCCUCAGCAGCGCCGACGGCUACAGCCUUUACCGGUACCAGCUGGAGCAUGACGACCACGGCUCCGUGGCCGGAGACGUGGAGGGAACCGACAGGAAGCUAGCGCCAAGUCCAGAGGGAACAGAGAGGAAGCUACCACCGAGUCCAGAGGGAACAGACAGGAAGCUACCGCCAAGUCCAGAGGGAACAGAGAGGAAGCUACUACCGAGUCCAGAGGGAACAGAGAGGAAGCUACCACCGAGUCCAGAGGGAACAGACAGGAAGCUACCGCCAAGUCCAGAGGGAACAGACAGGAAGCUACUGCCAAGUCCAGAGAGAGCGGCUGGAAACACAACAGGGGACGUGAAGGAGUUCGGCUUGACUUUGGAGGUGCGAGGACGGACGGAGAGGACGCGGUCUCUGUCCAGCGUGGACAUCCUGAUUUCGCCAUGCGACGCCGAACACAGACCCGAUGUGAAAACCCGUCUGGAGGCAGCGUCGUCCUUCCCUCUGGAGAGGGCAAAGGUCACGCAGUAUUUAUCUUCUCUGUGCCUCAGCGGCGCCGCCCACAGGUCUCCCAGACAGGAAGUGGAGGAAGGAGUGUCCACGCCGCCCGGCGGGGAACAGCAGGGGGAGGAGGAGGACAGGAAGUACCCGACAAUGCGCUCCAAGAGUCUGAACGCCAACCCGAGGAAGGCGAAGAAGGAGAGCGAGGAGACGCGGCGCUCAGCCGGCAGCGUCACAGAACUCCGACCCGCUGAUCCUCAACAUUAGUCACCUGACAGGGUCCCACCUCUCCUCGCUCCUCAAGGAGACCAUGCCAAAUAAAGGGACAACGGUG